AUGUCUGGGGCUGUUCUUAAAACAGCUUGCACCCAGUUUAAUGCCGGCCCACUGAAAAGCAGCAGCUUCCUUUUCUGUUUCACUCUACAGGAGGUUCCAGAUGAACUGUGGGAGUUGUUGGAGUUGGACAAGCUGAAUUUGUCUCUCAACAGCCUGACUGUUCUUCCUUCUCAGCUGGCUCUGCUGUCUAACCUGGUGGUCCUCAAUCUGUGGGGUAACCAGCUGAGCAAUUUGCCACCAGAGAUCGGUCAGCUGAGGAAACUCCGAGUUUUAUUUGCCUACAGAAACAGACUUAAAGAGGUUCCUGAAGAGCUGGGCGCCUGCACGCAGCUGGAGGUGCUGAGUUUAGCCAACAACCAGCUGUCAUCGCUGCCGGCUUCUCUCUCUAAUCUGACCCAAUUGAGGAAGCUCAACCUCAGUCACAACCUCAUCACUCACAUCCCGGGCUGUGUCUACAACAUGAAGGCUCUGGUGUUCCUUCACUUGGCCUUUAACCGUCUAGAGAACCUGGCAGAGAACAUUCAGGCUCUGGUGGAGCUCAGAAUUCUCAUUGUGGAGGGAAACAGCAUCCACUCAUUGCCCAAGGCCCUCUGCUGCCUCACCAGGUUGGAGUUACUGAAUCUCGACUUUAACGACAUCAAGGAUGUUCCACAG